AUGCAUCUACGCUACUUCUCAUUGUUGGCGGCCACGGCAAGCUUGGCUGUUCAGCCUGCUGGUGCUGUGCCUCACACUCCUAGAGAUCAGGAUGCUGGGACUUGCAAGAAGACCACAGUUGCUAUUUUGGGAGGCGGAAUUGCUGGAAUUGCUGCAGCACAAGCACUGGCAAAUGCUUCCGUGCAUGACUUUGCUAUCCUCGAGUACCGUGAUACUAUUGGUGGCCGUGCCUGGCAUAAACCCUUCGGCAAAGACAAAGAUGGGAAGCCUUACAUUAUCGAGAUGGGUGCCAAUUGGGUUCAAGGCCUUGGGAAUCCAGGUGGCCCUCAAAAUCCCAUAUGGAGCUUGGCCCAAAAAUAUCAGCUGAAGACUCAGUAUUCGGACUAUGACAAUAUCUCCACAUAUAAUGAGCAUGGCUACAAGGACUAUACUCAUCUGCUGAGCGAGUAUGACGAGGCGUAUGAUAUUGCCAAUGCAAAGGCAGGCAAGAUCCUCCUCAACAACUUGCAAGACCAAAAUGCUCAAUCGGGUCUUGCCCUGGGCGGUUGGAACCCGAAGAAGCACGACAUGGAGGCUCAGGCUGUCGAUUGGUGGAAAUGGGAUUUUGAGGACAACUUCACACCUUUGGAGAGCUCUCUUGUCUAUGGCUGCGCCGGCGAUAACCUGACCGUGAACGGAUUCAGCGACCAUGAUAACUUCGUCCUCGACCAACGAGGCUUCAACACAAUCAUCAAGGGCAUGGCAUCCGAAUUUAUGACAGAGAACGAUCCACGUCUACACCUCAACACCGAAGUCACCGAGAUCCAGUACAGCAAAGACGGCGUCAUCAUCCAUAGCAAAGAUGGCAGCUGCAUCAGCGCCGCAUACGCCAUCUGCACCUUCUCCCUCGGCGUCCUCCAAAACGACGCGAUCAAAUUCACCCCCUCCCUCCCCGAAUGGAAACAAACCGCCAUCCAAAAAUUCACCAUGGGAACCUACACAAAGAUCUUCAUGCAAUUCAACGAAACCUUCUGGCCCAAAAACACCCAAUACUUCCUCUACGCCGACCCUGCCAUGCGCGGCUGGUACCCGGUCUUCCAAUCCCUCUCCAUGCCCGAGUUCUUCCCAGACAGCAACAUUCUCUUCGUUACCGUCACCAACGAACUCGCCUGGCGCGCAGAGCGCCAAUCCGACGAAACAACAAAACAAGAAAUUCUUACCGUUCUCCGGAAAAUGUUCCCAGACCAGAAAAUCCCCGAACCAACCGCUUUCCUCUAUCCACGAUGGAGUACCGAGCCUUGGUCCUACGGUAGCUACUCAAACUGGCCGCCAGCAACUACGCUCGAGAUGCAUGAGAAUCUGCGCGCGAAUACAGACCGGCUCUGGUUCGCGGGUGAGGCGACGAGUCCUACGUAUUUUGGUUUCCUGCACGGGGCGUGGUUUGAGGGCCGGGAUGCUGGGCAGAAUAUUGCUGCUAUUAUGCAGAAUCGGUGUGUUAAUGCUGACUCGGAGAAAUUGCGAGAGUGUGGUUCGCGGAGACACUGGGAGACGCUGCAUGGAACGACGCCGCUGGCUGAUUAUAGUGCUUUGACGGGAUGGAUGGCGGAUAGUUUUGUUGAUACCAAUAGCGAGUAG